AUGGCGUUGAAGCUAGACAUGAGCAAAGCGUACGAUAGGGUGGAGUGGAAUUUUAUUGAGAGUAUGAUGCUGAAACUUGGUUUUGAUGUGAAUUUUGUGGCUCUCAUAAUGCGCUGUUUAUCUUCGGUGUCAUACUCUUUGCUGGUCAAUGGUUUCCCCUCAGACAGAUUUGUUCCUACUAGAGGUCUUCGCCAAGGGGAUCCAAUUUCCCCUUUCUUGUUCCUAAUUUGUGCAGAGGGAUUCUCCGCCCUUCUUCGCAAUGCUGAGAGUCGGAAAUAUGAUAGCCUCUUAUUCACAAGAGCAAGUGAGGCCGAUGUAGAGGCGAUUCUUGAUAUCCUUUCCACUUAUGAGCUUGCCUCGGGUCAAAAAUUAAAUCUUGAAAAAUCGGAGGUGUCUUUCAGUCGUAAUGUUAGUGCUAAUUCGCAAGAAAUUCUUCAGUCGAAGUUGAACUUUACGAGGGUUGAAGGACAUGAUAAGUACCUUGGUCUCCCUACUUAUAUAGGUAGGUCCAAGAAAAUCGUUUUUCAGACUAUUCAAGACCGAGUUUGGAAGAAGGUAAAAGGGUGGAAGGAGAGAUUCCUAUCUAGAGCCGGAAGGGAAGUGCCACUAAAAUCUGUCGCUCAAGCUAUACCUACCUACGCAAUGCAAUGUUUCAAGCUCCCGGAAUCAGUCAUCGGUAAUAUCACUUCCUUAUGCAGGAAUUUUUGGUGGGGUCAGAAGGGUAGUGAACGCAAGCUGGCACUUAUUUCUUGGGAGAAACUAUGUAAAUCGAAGAGGGAGGGUGGAAUUGGGUUCAGAGAUCUCAGAGCUUUCAAUUGUGCUCUCUUAGCCAGACAGUUCUGGAGAAUUGCUACUAACCCGAACUCUCUGGCUGGAAGAAUUCUCAAGGGUAAAUACUUUCAACGCUCUACAAUUUGGGAUGCAAAAGUUCCCCCAAAUGCGAGCUACACAUGGCGUUCUAUCAUCUCCGCUAGAGACUUGGUUGUAGAAGGUUCGAGUUGGCUCAUUGGAAAUGGGAAAAGCGUCCGUCUUUGGGGCGACAAAUGGAUCCCUAAGCUCCCUGGAAACAGAAUUUCUUGCCCCCCACCUCAACCUGAGUUGCGCAAUGCCACUGUUGAUGGCUGGAUUGACCCUAUUCACCGUAAUUGGAGAGUUCAGGAACUCAGAAAUGCUCUAUCUGAAAUAGAAGUUGCAGCUAUCACAAAGAUCAGAAUCCCAAAUCACGAGCAGGAAGAUGUUCUGCAAUGGAAGCAUACGAAGAAUGGUGAGUUUAAUGUUCUGUCUGCUCGUGGAGUAAACGUGGACAGAGUCUGCCCCCGUUGUGGUGAAGUAUCUGAAACAACCCUUCACCUUUUCCUUGAUUGUGCUGAAAGCAAAAUUUUGUGGCGUAUAUCCCCUGCCAGAAUUGACACCUGUAUGCCUCGGUUCUUAACUCUCUAUGACUGGUGCCUUGACACAAUUGAGAAAUGCAAAUUGCCUCGCAGCUGGGAAAUCAUAAUGUUGUUUGUAUGGAAAAUCUGGGAGUUAAGAAACUUAUGGGUUUUCGAGAAGAAAAAGAUUGAUCUGCCAGCUGCCUGUAUGAAAACUCUAGCUCUGCUUGGAGAAUUUGAGGGCUGCCUCUAUGCAUAUUGUAACAAAGUAGCACACCUCAUAGCUAAGUCCUCUAUGGACCACAAUGAACUUAGUGUGCUGAUGGAGGACUGCUCCUCUGAGAUUUGGCCUGCUGUACUUGACGAUAAGGCAGCCAUCUAA